UCCGUGUGUCCGUGCCUAUAUGGCUUUGUGUUGUGUACAGUCAUUGAUCAUCAUGCCGUGAAUCCAGAAACAAGAGGCAGCUUCCAGCGGAGCUCCAACAUCCACAUGAUCAGCAUCAGGACCGCGUUUCUCUCUCUGGACGAGGCGAGCUGCUCCGCAUGCCUUUAUAGUUGAUGCCUUCUUUUUUUUUACUGUGAAAAACUGGCGCAAGUUGUGCUGAGAUGACCGAGAUCCCCGUUAUCUGCGGAUGUCCCUGACCAAUUCAAGCGUCUUUCUGCUUAACGAGGGUUCAGCCGAUUCCUACACUAGUCGACCCUCGGAUUCCGACCUGUCCCUGGAGGAGGACCAGGAGGCGUCUCGGCGUGAAGCCGAGCGCCAGGCUCAGCUGCAGCUAGAGAGAGCCAAGUCCAAACCUGUAGCAUUUGCAGUGAAAACCAAUGUGAGUUAUUGUGGGGCCCUUGAUGAAGAUUGUCCGGUCCAAGGUGCCGCCAUAAACUUUGAAACCAAAGACUUCCUGCACAUAAAAGAGAAAUACAACAAUGAUUGGUGGAUUGGUCGGCUGGUGAAGGAAGGGGCAGACAUCACUUUCAUCCCGAGCCCAGUCAAACUGGAAGCCAUGAGGAUAAAACAAGAGCAGAAAACAGCAGCGAGUAAAGGAGGUAACGCUUCAUCUGGAGGCUGGAGGUCCACGCCGCCAUCUGCAGCCAAACAGAAGCAGAAACAGACUGAACGUGUUCCUCCGUAUGAUGUGGUCCCUUCGAUGAGGCCGGUGGUGCUGGUGGGCCCGUCGCUGAAAGGCUACGAGGUAACAGACAUGAUGCAGAAAGCCUUGUUUGACUUCCUGAAGCACAGAUUCGAUGGCAGGAUCUCUAUUACACGGGUGACUGCUGAUCUGUCGCUGGCGAAGCGCUCGGUGCUGAACAAGAAGGCCAUCAUGGAGAGAUCCAACACGCGCUCCAGUCUGGCUGAGGUCCAGAGUGAGAUCGAGAGGAUCUUUGAGCUGGCCAAGUCUCUCCAGCUGGUCGUCCUGGAUGCAGACACCAUCAAUCACCCAGCACAGCUCCUUAAAACCUCUCUGGCUCCCAUCAUCGUCUACGUCAAAGUCUCCUCGCCUAAAGUCCUUCAGAGGCUGAUCAAAUCUCGAGGGAAGUCACAAAGCAAACACCUCAACGUCCAGAUGAUGGCAGGGGACAAGCUAGCACAGUGUCCGCCUGAGAUGUUUGACGUCAUCCUGGAUGAGAAUCAGCUGGAGGACGCUUGUGAACAUCUUGCAGAGUACCUGGACAUUUACUGGCGUGCGACGCAUCUCCCCUGUUCUGCCCCUGUUAACCCCUUACUGGACCAAAGCGUGAUCACCCCACCCUCAGCUAAUUCCAGCCAACAGUUUUCUGAGACUCAAGAGUUGAUAGAAUGAUCACUACCACAGAGAGAGGAAGCCUAUGCUGUCGGCUGGGGUCAGACUCGGAGGUCAUAGAGCACAGGGACCAGGGCGCCACCAGGGGGCAGCAGCAGCAGCCAUCAUCUCUCCAAAGCCAGCCACCACCUUCUCUGGCCGCUCUCAGGGGCGAAGAAGAAGAAGACAGGAGUCCCUUGAGAGAGAGAAAGAGCAGGAGGCUGGUGAGCUGGAGGAAGAGGAGACACAAAAGCAUGGAGAGUAGCAGGAGGAGGAGGAGGAAGAUGCGAGAGAGGAGCCUCCACCUCACUGCUGCCCCCUCGGGAAGAGCUCCCUGCUCCCACCGCCACGCGACAACUCAGGGCCGCUUUCUACAGCUGCACGCCUACUGGUAACAAACACCAGUACAGCUGUGCAGUCACUGCACGCCCCCCUCCCCUCACCCCUUCCUCCCACCCUGACCUUCCCAACUCCCUCUGCUUUCACACUGGAAGUCACACCCCUACAUGGCAACGCUGAGCCAGCCCAUGUGUGAUCAGACCCCCAGAAGUGGUUGACACACAUCGGCUAACUCAGCUCUCACUGUGUAGACAAAUCACACACCUGUGAAGGCAGAGUAUGUUAACAUACAGGACUGUAGCAUAGCAGCGCUAUCAGUAUAAUGUAAAACAUGAGUAGCUUCCCAUUGUGGGGUUCCCAGGGGUUUCCUCUCUGGCCAAAGAGUGCAGAGAGUGACAGAAAAAGCAAGUGUGUAUGUCCUCCAUCUCUACAGCUCUCUGAGAGCUGCUGAGCUAUCAUUCCAGUUUAACCAAAUGUUUCCUCAAAGGCACAAUUGUUUCUAGCAGAGUCCACAUUGUCUCACCUGUGUUGGGACACCCAAGGAAAACGUUCCUGUUCCCUUGUCACUUUCUUUCUCUCCAGUAGCCUUUUUAAAGUAAUCUUUAUUUUUUUUUACAGUAUCUAUCUAUACUACUAUCUAUAAUUCAUAUCUUGGCUCUCAGUAUAGCUGAUCACAUAUCUGUACGCAACAGCGAUGCAAAACUCAUGCAUGACGAGCACAUACUUGCACAUCAACGGUCUAUAUGCAUCUUUUGUCACAGCUGUGAAUGUAUAAAUGCUGGAAGGAUUAUUUACAAUAACUGUGGUUUGUUUGCAGAUCUUUGGUGGCAAAUCCCAUAACCUAGUGAAAAUGCAAUUCAGUAUCAACCAAAAAUUGUGGUUGUUGUCAAAUGUGAAUUUUUUUUACCCCAAAGAAAUUAAUUUAAAUUCCUCUUUCUACCAAAAUUUGACAAAGCCAGACAUAUAUUUUAUAGCAUAACCAGAUAGCAGGAGAUUUUUAACACAUUAUUUCACAUGUGUGGGUUACUCCAAAAGAGGACAGAUGCAAUGCUCCACUGCACCCGAUUUGACUGUUAUCAGGCAAUUAAAUGUGUGUUAUCGCUCGCUAUAAGCUCCAUAGAUGUGGGUCAGUAGGGGCUUACUAUUGUACACCUACUAUGUUGUAAAAGUGAAAGCGAAUCUUAAAAGCAACACCUUCUAAAACGUUGUAAAGCUGAAUGAAACGUUACGUUUUGAACACAAACAAAACAGCUUCUUCAGGUUUAGGCAACAAAACCACUUAAGCUAAAUUCACACUACACAACUGGCGGACUUGUAAUCCUGAGUCUUUAAGUCGCUGUGCUUUUCACACUGCAUGACUGACCGGAGACAGGGGGUGACACUUUCACCGAUGAGGUCUCCAAACUACAUUUUGUCACGAAAACACACGCGAGUAAAAUACACGGUAAAUGACGUGAUACCAUACGCGAGAGACAUUGCUGAUGUUGUUGUUGGCAUGUGUUUAUUAAAAUCGUGUAGUGUGAAGUAGGCAUUAGUUAAGUUUAGGGAAAAACAUCGUGUUUUGACUUUAAAUAUCUAUAUUUCAAAAGUGAAAGUGAAAAAUCUUUUGCUCCUGCCAUAAUUACUACGGUCGCUAGAGGUCGCUGUCGUC